AUGGCGUUACAUAGUGUACCGCCAAAAAGAAAAGAAAUUUAUAAAUAUGAGGCACCUUGGCCUCUAUAUAGCAUCAAUUGGUCUGUUAGACCUGAUAAGAGGUUUCGUUUAGCUCUUGGUAGUUUUGUGGAAGAAUAUAAUAAUAAAGUACAAAUCGUUUCACUUGAUGAAGAGACUUCUGAAUUUAGUGCCAAAAGUACUUUUGAUCACCCUUAUCCAACUACAAAAAUUAUGUGGAUUCCAGAUAGUAAAGGAUUGUUUCCUGAUCUCUUAGCUACAUCUGGAGAUUACCUAAGGGUUUGGCGAGCAGCUGAGCCAGAAACUCGUUUAGAGUGUGUUUUAAAUAAUAAUAAAAAUUCAGAUUUCUGUGCCCCUCUUACAUCUUUUGAUUGGAAUGAAGUAGAUCCAAAUUUAAUUGGGACUUCUAGCAUAGACACAACAUGUACUAUUUGGGGAUUAGAAACAGGGCAGGUCUUAGGUAGAGUUAACAUGGUCACUGGCCAUGUUAAAACACAAUUAAUUGCUCAUGAUAAAGAGGUAUAUGAUAUAGCAUUUAGUCGCGCUGGCGGUGGUCGCGAUAUGUUUGCGUCUGUUGGCGCCGACGGUUCUGUAAGAAUGUUUGAUUUACGGCAUUUAGAACAUUCGACAAUAAUCUACGAAGAUCCACAACAUACGCCGCUGUUGAGACUUGCAUGGAAUAAGCAAGAUCCUAAUUAUCUUGCAACAGUUGCGAUGGACGCGUGCGAAGUAAUAAUUUUAGACGUUCGUGUUCCAUGUACACCAGUUGCGAGACUUAAUAAUCAUAGAGCAAGCGUUAAUGGUAUUGCUUGGGCACCACAUUCAUCUUGUCACAUUUGUACGGCGGGAGACGAUCAUCAAGCACUGAUUUGGGAUAUUCAACAAAUGCCAAGAGCGAUAGAGGACCCAAUUCUUGCUUAUACAGCUGCUGAAGGAGAGGUGAAUCAAAUUCAGUGGGGUGCUACACAACCUGACUGGAUUGCAAUUUGCUACAACAAAGCGGCAGAAAUUCUCAGGGUGUAAAGAAAGUACUUCUCAUUAGAUUUAUGCCAGUCUACUUGUAACAAAGUUAUUUU